UUUUUUUUUGUUCCUCAUUAAUCAAUCAUCAUUAUGCCUGAAUCUCUUACUAGAAAGAAUCAUUUAUCUCGUCGUGGACGUAUAAGUAUGUUACCCAAUUUAUCUAUUGUCAUUCCACCAAUUCAAGAGAACGAUCAUCAAGAUGAUGCUAGCUAUAAUGAUACUGUAGCAUCAAGUCCAACAUUGUCAUCUUCCUGUAACACUUUAUCAGGGGAAUAUGAACAUGAUUAUUUCACAUCUUCCUCUUCUUCUUCACCGGCUACUCCAUUGACAAGUAAUGUCUUUUCUAAUUUCUAUCUCAAAUUACCCAAUGGUAAAUGGAGAGUACGAUGUCGAACCGGGGAUCGUAAAAUCAUCGGGACUUAUGAAGUAGAUGGGUCCAUGAUCUAAAAAAUUUUCUUUUCAACUUGAUUUAUACCCUUUUUUUUAACAAAAAAAAAAUA